GCAGCGGGGGAGCCGAGCCCGUGGCCGGCGUUGUCAGUAGGUGGCGGGGCUAGCUGCAGAGCUGGGGAGGAACAGGAGCGGGGGGGUGAGCAGAGUGGAAGCGGCUCAUGUCUGUGCGCUAGGCGGGGGCCCCAGAGCUCCUCGUAGUAGGACUGUGUGCUACCACUGUACUGCAGAGAGGGGAGAAGAGGGCUGCGCGCUGUGCCAGGGGGACCGGGAGCUGCUGCUUGGAUGAAAGUUUGCUCGGAUGUCGGUGCAGGCGACAUAAACAGUCAUGUUAAAGUGAAGCAGAAAGGUGCCGUGCAGAACAUGCUAAGGAGACUGGACAAGAUCAGGUUCAGAGGUCCGAAGAGAGAAGAGUUCCCGUACUUAGCCGAGUCUCCCAAUGCUUCUGAUACAGAAUGUGGCGAUGAAAUCACCCUGAAAAUAACUCGAUCAUCAAAAGAAGAUGAAGAUUUGAAAGAUCCUGCUAGUUCAGAUACCAUCAUCAUGGCUUCUGGGAUAGCAGACUAUAACCGGACCGAGGCUGACCGACUCAAUGAGGUUAAGGGGCAUCUGGAAAUUGCCUUACUGGAAAAGCACUUUUUGCAGGAAGAGCUCAGGAAGCUACGGGAAGAGACCAACAUUGAAGCGUUAAAGCAGGACCUGGAAAAGGAAAGGCAAAAAAGGGUUGAACUGGAACAGAAGAUGACUGAAUUGACGAAAGCAAGGAGUGAAGAAUGUGUGGCACAACCACCGUCAAAGGGACAGACUCAGAACAAUGGAACAGAUAAACCCAGAAAACAAACUUUGUGCUCUAGAGUUCAGAAAUGGUUUUAUGAUCGUUUCGGUGAAUAUAUCGAGGAUUUCCGUUUUCAGCCUGAAGAGAACACAGUUGAAACAGAAGAACCGCUGAGUGCUCGAAGGUUGACAGAAAAUAUGAGAAGAUUAAAGAGAGGUGCCAAACCUGUUACAAAUUUUGUGAAGAACCUUUCUGCCUUUUCAGACUGGCAUUCUGUUUAUACGUCUGCUAUUGCCUUUAUUAUUUACAUGUAUGCUGUGUGGCAUGGCUGGGCCAUUCCUAUGUUUUUAUUCUUAGCUAUUUUGAGGUUAUCCCUAAAUUACCUCAUUGCCAGGGGUUGGAGGAUACAGUGGUGCAUUGUGCCUCAAGUUUCAGAACCUAUAGAGCCUCCAAAGGAAGACCUGACGGUUUCUGAGAAGUUUCAGUUGGUUCUCGAUGUAGCACAGAAAGCACAGAACCUUUUUGGAAAGAUGGCAGACAUACUGGAAAAAAUUAAAAAUCUAUUCAUGUGGGUACAGCCAGAAAUUACACAGAAGCUAUAUGUUAUCUUAUGGGCGGCCUUCAUCACAUCCUGCUUAUUUCCAUAUAGACUAAUUGGACUCUGUAUAGGGCUCUACGCCGGCAUUAAGUUUUUCCUCAUUGACUUCGUUUUCAAGCGAUGCCCAAGGCUUCGAGACAAGUAUGACACUCCAUACAUUAUCUGGACAAACCUACCUACAGAUCCACAACUUAAAGAACGAACAAAUGUAACUGCGUCUAGAAGGCUGUCAGGGCAUGAAAAGAUGCAGUCAGUAUCGAGAGUUAAUGUGACUUCCGGAGCUCCGCAAACAACAAGCCGAGAUGAUGAGGGAGGAAGAUACCAUACUGCAAAAAAGAGCAGUUUUCUUGAGGUCUUCAGUUUAUCAGAAACGGAGCGCCCCUUGCCAGCUUGUGAAACUGGCUGGCGCUGCUGCUUGAUUAAUAGAGAUCGUAAAAUGCCCACAGACUACAUCCGAAAUGGUGUGCUUUAUGUUACAGAAAACUACUUAUGCUUUGAAAGCUCAAGAUCUGGUUCAUCAAAGCGGAACAAAGUGAUAAAAUUGUCAGAUAUUACAGACAUCCAGAAGUAUAAAGUUCUCUCAGUUCUCCCAGGAUCUGGCAUGGGAAUUUCAGUUACAACCCCCUCAACACAAAAGCCACUUAUCUUUGGUGCCAUGGGGCACAGAGAUGAAGCAUUUGAGACCAUCUUCAACCAAUAUAUGAAAAUCACUUCUGCAGCAACGAACAGUGACACAUGAGAUACAAUGUCAUCAGUCACCUUGACUUUAUAAUCUUCAUUUUUGCCUUCCACUUCUUUAGUCUAUUUUGCAAUAACCUAAUUGAAUAGUGGGGAUUUAUUUUGCUGUUACGGAGAGAAAGCAUUCUGUCUUUUAUACGUGCUUUAUUUUUUUUAAGCAUCUUCCCCUAUUUUUUUACGAAAUGGUUCACCUGGCAAAAAGUUGUUCCCUUGUUUCAUGUACUAUAUUUUUAUGUUUAUUUUAAUGUGUGUACUGUGAAAAGUCUGAAAUUGAUUGGUUUUCAGUCAGAUAUGUGGUACAAUAGUACCGUUUUGAGAGAAUUUGUUACGUAGAGCAGUAAAAACACAGAUAACUAUUGGAAAACUGUUUCUAAUACGUUUCCCCUGAAAGUGAUCUAUGAAACAUAAAAAUUGCACUUGGUUUGAUGUCAAAUAAUGAAAUCCCUAUUGCCCUGGAAGCCAUAAUGCCUAGAAAUAACCCUAAAAUGCAUCACUGCUUUUUUAGUCAUCCAGCUUUUUUGAUGGGAUAUUGAUAAAAACAGUAAAGAUACUGUAGUUGUGUAAUGUGGGAAACUUC